GCUUCACUCUAGAUUCUAUUGUUGAGCUUGUUUGGAGCUUUGCGUCGCCGAGAAAGGAAUCCUUGGACAAUUCUCUCGUUUCCAGCAAUCAGAAUAUUUACUGGCGGAGUUCGACGACAACGCAGAACACAAUUCAUUCGUUGUUUACAUCUGCCAACGAAUAUUGGAUGGCAUUGGCAUUUAAGGGAUAUACCAUCAAUAUUGAUCACUUCUAGAUAAAAGGAAGAUUUUAUCCAGAAGUGAAAUAUUUCUAGUGAGACAUUGCUCUUCUACAUUGUCUGGAAUUUGUAGAUUCCUUUUUAUUCUAAUAAAAUUUGGACAGAUUUACAAUGGAGUUUGCCACCAUGGAAACAUUGCAGUAUAAAUGUUUUGAUCAAUCCAGGAAUAUAUAAAAAGCGGUAAAAAUAUCCUUACAGAAGUAUGGAUUUUUCUGAAGAAUUGCCAAAGGAGACAGAAGAAUCACCGUUUUCUUUAGAAUGUACCCUUGCUACUCAAAAGGAUAUGGAUACAGAAGAGAAAUUAUAUGAAUGUGAUAUUUGUGGUAAAUCAUUCUCUGAAAAACAUACUUUAACUGCUCACAAACGCAUUCAUUCCAGGAAAAAGUCACAGGAAUGUAAUAUCUGUGGUAGAUUAUUCUAUUACAAAAGUUAUUUAGUUGAUCACUUACGUACUCAUACAGGUGAAAAACCUCAUCACUGUGAUAUCUGUGGUAAAUCAUUCUCUCGUGCUAAUGGUUUAACUCGCCAUGUACGUAUUCAUACAGGUGAGAAACCAUAUCAGUGUAAUAUUUGUGGGGAAUCUUUCUCUGAAAGAGGUAACUUAGCUAAACACAAAUACAUUCAUACAGGAGAGAAAUCAUAUCACUGCGAUAUCUGUGGAAAAUCAUUCUUUCAAAAAGUUCAUUUAAUUUCUCACAAACGUAUUCAUACUGGAGAGAAACCAUAUGACUGUGAUGUUUGCGGUAGGUCAUUCACUAAUGGAAGUGCAGUAACUUCUCAUAAACGUAUUCAUGCAAGAGAGAAGCCAUAUCAUUGUAAUAUUUGUAGUAAAUCAUUCACUGAUAGAAGUAAUUUGACUGUUCACAAACGUAUUCAUGGAGACGAAAAACCAUAUCAUUGUGAUAUCUGUGGUAAAUCAUUUCUUCAUAGGAGUAAAUUAACUAUCCACAAACGUAUUCACACAGGGGAAAAACCGUAUUGCUGUGAUAUCUGUGGUAAAUCAUUCUCUCGGACAAGCCAGUUAACAAUACACAAUAGAUACAUUCAUACAAAAGAGAAACCAUAUCAUUGUAAUAUCUGCGGUAAAUCUUUUGCUGAUGGAAGUGCAUUGACUGUUCAUAAACGUAUUCACACAGGGGAAAAACCAUAUCACUGUGAUAUCUGUGGUAAAUCAUUCUCUUAUGCAAGUGCUUUGACUGUUCACAAACGUACUCAUUCGGGAGGAAAACCAUACGACUGUGAUACCUGUGGUAAAUCAUUCUCUCAAACAAGUCAAUUAACACUACACACGAGACGGGUUCAUACAGGAGAGAGACCAUAUCGCUGCGAUAUCUGUGGUAAAACAUUCAUUGUUGGAAGUGCAUUAACUGUUCACAAGCGUGUUCACACAGGAGAAAAACCAUAUCAGUGUGAUAUCUGUGAUAAAUCAUUUGCUUAUGCAACAGUAUUAACUGGCCACAAACGUAUUCAUACAGGGGAAAAACCAUAUCACUGUGUUAUUUGUGGUCAAUCAUUCACUAGAACUAGUGACUUAGCGAUACACAGCAGACGUAUUCACACAAAAGAGAAACCCUAUACCUGUGAUAUCUGCAGUAAAGCAUUCGCUUAUGGAAGUGCAUUAAAUGUUCACAAACGUAUUCAUACAGGGGAAAGGCCAUAUCAUUGUAGUGUCUGUGGUAAAUCCUUCUCUCGAAAUUCUGACUUAAUUAGACACAUGUGUUUUCAUACAGGGGAUAAGCCAUAUCCCUGUGAUAUCUGUGGUAAAUCAUACACUAGUAGAAAUGCAUUAACUUAUCAUAAACGUAUUCACACAGGAGAAAAGCCAUACCAAUGUGAUAUCUGUGGGAGAUCAUUCUCUCGAAAGAAUCAUGUAAGUAAUCAUAGACUAACUCAUACUGGAGAGAAACCAUUCCAUUGUGAUAUCUGUGGGAAAUCUUUCUCUUACGGUAAGGCUCUAACAAAGCAUAUGCAUCUUCAUAGUGGUGAUAAGCCAUAUCACUGUGAUAUCUGUGGUAAAUCAUUCUAUAAAAUAGGUAAUUUGACUAAACAUAAAUUCACUCAUACUGUAGAGAAGCUGUAUUCCUGCAAUAUCUGUGGUGAAUCAUAUGCUACUAGAAAUGCAUUGACUGCUCAUAAACGUGUUCAUACAGGAGAAAAACCUUACCACUGUGAUAUCUGUGGUAAAUCGUUCUCAGAAAAAUAUCACUUAACUAAACAUAGAUACACUCAUACAGGAGAGAAACCAUAUGAUUGUAAGAUCUGUGGUAAAUCUUUCUCUCAGGCAGCUCAUUUAACUGUUCACAGUCGUACUCAUACAGGUGAGAAACCAUUUCACUGUGAGUUUUGUGAUAAAUCAUUCUCUCAAACAGCUCAUUUAACAAUCCAUAGACGUAUUCAUACAGGAGAUAGACCCUAUAAGUGUGAUAUUUGUGGCAAAUCUUUCUCUCAAAAUAGUGAUUUGACUAAGCACAACCGCAUUCAUUCAGGAGAAAAGCCGUAUCAGUGUAAUAUAUGUGGUAAAUCAUUCUCUGUAAGUACUGCAUUAACUAGUCACAAAUACAUUCAUACAGGAGAAAGACCAUAUCACUGUGAGAUCUGUGGUAAAUCAUUUUCUCACAGUUCUGCUUUAACUACACACAAAUGUGUUUGUUCCAAUGAAAACCUUUAUACUCAAAAAUUUCCUUUGUGGAGUGAGUGAGAAAUAGACAGACACAUCAGCACUGUAAUGUUGUCAGCAACACGACAGCCUCUCUAGUGCUGGCUCCAAAGUAAAAUACAUCCUGUACACUGUGAAAUUGAUGGUGAUAUGUAGGGCAGCCAGCCACAAAAACCAUAUUCCCUGAAGCAAACCAUACGUAUGACUUUGUUUAAAACAUGAAGUAGAGGUUUUUUUCUUUUUGUUUUCACUUUGAUAGUAACAAACAUUCACACAAGUGUUGAAACGAUUUUACUAUGAUAUCUGGUAAAUCAUUCCCUCAUGGAAAUACCUUAACUACUCACAGGUAUGAUUGUACAGGUGAGAAACCAUUUCAUUCUUGCAUGGACAGAAAUAACUUCACUGCUCUGAAACAUUCAUACAAAAUGAAAACCAUAAUGCUGUUAUAUUGUUGUUGUUUGUUUCUUCUUGAGCCAUGCGUGGUUUCAUUGGCGUAUAGGUUCCCCACCUAGACGGAAUGCCAGUCUGUCGCAGGAGGAAAGAGUGAGAGAAAGUUGUGGUGAGUCAGC